AUGUGUAUUGGAAGACCUUUUUAAAGAACCUUUAAGUCACUGACAAAUGUCACAAUGGUUCUAAUGUGAUGUCACCAGAACUUGAAGUCAGUGGUUCCUGGCAGGAGAAGUUUCUAACAGGGUAACCCACUUACCUCUGGGAGCAGCAAAGGUCUUUUCUUAGCUUCCUAGUGGAUAUCAUUGUUAAUAUUUACCUAUUAGGUUCUGUGAAAAAGCAGAAAUAGAAUAAGAUCACCAAAUUCUCACCAUUUUAUCAAAAUGGAAUAUGAGAAAGUUGGUGAUUCUGAAUCAGAAAAAGCUAUCAAGAAUUCUCCUAAUAUGAAAACAAAGCCUAGAAAUACUCCGGAUGUUCCAGAAGUGCCCAGGCUUGAAGUUCCGGCCUCAGUGCAGGACAUCAUCUAUCGGAUUCAGCGAGCACAGGUCACUCGAGCCAGAGAUGACAUGAAAACACAGAUGGAUGACAUAAUGAGCAACGUGGAGCGAAUAAUGUCUCGCUACAAUGUUGCGUUUAGCCCACCCUCUGUAAAGAGCAUCUUCCUUAAAGAACAUAUGAGAAAACAGAGAACUAUGUUUUUGGAGAGUGUGGCUACCUAUACCAAGAAUGCUGAAGCCAGAGAAAAGACACUUGCCUACAUUCUGGCCUGGUUAGAAGAAUGGAAUGCUAUUUUAUCGGAGAUAACUACAUUUGAUAUUGAUGAGCACUACCACUGGAUAGCACAAAUGGAGAUGUUCCCAGACACACUGAGAGCCAUUGAGAACAACGUCAACAUACUAUGCAGCAUGAGUUCCACGUUCCUGAAAGACAAGAAGACUCAAAAGAAAAAAACAGUAUCUAGAGGUGCACUAUGGAAAACCUGGAAAGACAGAUGCAUAAAGCGACCCGCAACAGCAUAUGCAUUAAGACCAGAUCAAAUGAUUGCUGAUCAAUACACAACAAAUACGAAGGUUUUAGAAAUCCAGAAUAUGCUGCAAGAACUCAUAGGCUCUGCCAUGUUUACCAAAUUAGAAAACACUGCUAUCAAAUACAUCUCGUCAACUAUCCUAAAUCUCUCUAAAGCCUUGAGUGCUGCAGCUGAGCAAUUAAAUGUUUCUAACAUCGUAAAUGACAGUGCAUUUUUCCAGAAGUAUGAAACAGAAAGAGAACUCUCGCGACGAAUAAUUUAUGACCUCAGUGAGCAAAAUGAGAAGCUUCAACGAAAGCUUCAAGAGAGAGAAGAACAGUAUGAAGUAAUUCAACUAAAAGGUGUCAGAGAUCAACAAUAUGAACCAUCCUCCACAGCCAUGACUAACGUCAAAGCUGAUUACACAAAGGGCAGUCUAGACAGCAUUCUAGCCAAAGAAUUUGACAAUACUUUAUAUAAGUCCCUUUCAAAAAAAAUCAAAGAUUCAGACACAAAGCUUUUAUUGAAAGCCACAACUGAAGUGAAGUCAGAGUUAACUCAAGAACAGUUCCUCCAAUCUGAAGGCAAGACAAAAAGGGCUUCCUGGCCUUAUGAGUAUGACCCUGGAGGUAAAACAUCCAGGCAGAGAGUAGACGCCUAUUUGUUCGACAGGACUGGUUACUAUCAAAUUGAGAGAAGAGAACACACAAAAAGCCCGUAUGUCCAAGAGCGCCCUGGAUCAAAUGUUGGUGAGGAUGGUGGGGAAAAGACACUGACAGAGGCCAAAACGAAUCAGUACUAUGAAUUAGGAGAAGAAGAGAAUGAAAGAGAAGUAAUAAAACCAAAGACAUCCUCUGAACCAGAAAGCCAGUAUUACCCUUUCAGUGAAACCAAAAGCCCAGAUGCCAAAAGUGGAACACCUCAUGAGGCAGAGCAGGUCAGGAAAUUCAAAACUGAAUCUCCCUUGGAAAAGGGGCGUAUUUUACCAGACCUGAAAGAGCCCCCCAUCGAGUCUGCAAACAAACGGAUGAGGGGCCAGGCAGAUCCAUUGAGCAUGGCUCAAGUGAAGCAAUCACCAAUGCCACAGAAAGCUGAAGUUCAAGGAAAGACACAAGACACUCCCUUAACAAUGAGCAAGAGCAAAAUCUGGAGAAGAGAACCCAAGGAAAGUCCAGCCUUCAGCAAGCGGCCCAAGUCUCCUCAACUUGAGAAAUCCCGCCCACACACCCAGGAAGAAUCUUCAGAACCUAAAAGGGCGCUGGCAACUCCAGAGGUCAAAGGUGAACAGAGUAACACGGAAUCAUUUCAGAAAGCGUUAAUGGAUUUCCUUAAAGAGAAAAUUAACAACAUAGACAAGCCUGCUGAUGGAAACACCAUGCCAAGGAAGGAGAGCUUACUGAAAAGGGCAGAAAUGGAAAACUUUGAAACAAUAAAAGCAAAGAUGGAUGAAUACUUCCAAAAAAUGGCUGAGAUUGUGACUCAAAUGGUGAGGAAAUUCAAAGUUGCAAAAAAGGAAGGAGCCGAUGGAGAGAAACCUAGGCUAUCCAAAAAGUCGGAUUCAUUCAUGCCGGCACCGCAGGAUGAGAGGCCAUCAACCACUGCCAAGUCUGAAAUUAGCACUUUCCUCUCAAAUGAAAACAUAGACCCAGUAAUGAAAAACAUAAUAGAAACGAUCUUGGCUGAAAUGGAAAGUGAGGGAGAUGCUCCAACAGUCUCAUUAGUAAGAAAAGAACACAAGAAAGCAAAGCCUAAACAAGAGAAAUAUGGACAAGAGAGUCAAGAGACAAUGCAGGACAAAUCCAGUCUCCAGAAGGAAGCCGAUAUCGUGACAGAAGCACGGAAGACCACAGCAAAAGCGCAGGGGAUGCAGAGAGAGAGGGGGGAGAAGCUGAACCUGGAUCUGAAGGCAGAGAGAGACCACCAGCAGAAAGCAAGAGGGAAGAAGGACAAGCAGAAACCACACGAGCGGGCAGAGCGCCUUGACAGGCAAGAGGAGAUUGCAGCAGGCCAUGAGAUGACCAAGGGAAAGACACCUGAAGACAAGACCAAAGGCACAGCCCAGGAAUCCCAGUUACCCCAAGGCGGAACCUUCCACGAAGCCUCAGGGCUCCCGCCUGAGACAACACACUCCCUGCCAAGCACUCCUCCACCCUCUCCUCAGGUCUUACUACCUGGGGCCCUUCACAUCUACCCACAGCCCUUCACAGAGCACAAAAACAUCACUCCUCAACUUAUCCUGACUCAGGCCCAGGCCCUGGGGACAACACUUACCCCCCAGCAGGCCCAGGCCCUUGGGGCAACGUUGACCCUCCAGCAAGUCCAGGCCUUGAGGACAACCCUGACCCCACAGCAGGCCCAGGCCCUGGGGACAACACUUACCCCACAGCAGAUCCAGGCUCUGGGGACAACCCUGACACCAGAGCAGGCCCAGGCCUUGGGGACAACUCUGACUCCCCAGCAGAUCCAGGCCCUGGGGACUAUAUUAACUUCCCAGCAGGCUCAGAUCCUAGGGGCAACCCAGACACCCCAGGAGGCCCAGGCCCUGGGGACAAUCCUGUCCCCACAGCAGGCCCAGGUCCUUGGGGCAACGUUGAACCUCCAGCAAGUCCAGGCCUUAAGGACAACCCUGACCCCACAGCAGAUCCAGGCCCUGGGGACAACCCUUACCCCACAGCAGAUCCAGGCCCUGGGGACAACCCUUACCCCACAGCAGAUCCAGGCUCUGGGUAUAACUCUGGCCCCACAGCAGGUCCAGGCCCUGGGGACAACACUUACCCCACAGCAGGUCCAGGCCCUGGGGACAACACUUACCCCACAGCAGGUCCAGGACAUAGAGACAAUCCUGACCCCACAGCAGAUCCAGGCCCUGGGUGUAACCCUGACCCCACAGCAGGUCCAGGCCCUGAGGACUAUACUGACUUCCCAGCAGGCUCAGAUCCUAGGGGAAACCCUGGUACCCCAGGAGGCCCAGGCCCUGGAAACAAUCCUAACCCCAGAGAAGGACCAGGCCCUGGGGACAACUCUGACACUACAGCAAGCCAAGGCCCUGCGGACUAUACUGACUUCCCAGCAGGCUCAGAUCCUAGGGGAAACCUUGACACCCCAGGAGUACCAGGCCCUGGGGACUAUACUGACUUCCCAGGAGGACCAGACCCUGGGGACAACCACGACACCCCAGGAGGCCCAGACCCCUCAAGAGGCCCAAGCCCUAGGGAUAACCCUGACAUACCAGGAGGACCAGGCCUUGGGGAUCACCCUACCACCCCAGGAGUCCCAGGUACUGGGGACAAGCCUGACUCCCCAGGAGCCCCAGGCCCCAGAGACAACCCAGAUCCCCCAGGAGCCCCAGGCCCUGCAGAAACCCUUGACCUCCCAGCAGGUCCAGGCACUGGGCAGAGCUCUGACCCCAGAGGAGGACCAGACCCUGGAGAUGAUCCUGAUCCCCCAGCAGGUUCAGGCACUGGGGACAGCCCUGACACCGGAGCAGGUUCAGGCACUGGGGACAGCCCUGACACCGGAGCAGGUUCAGGCACUGGGGACAGCCCUGACACCGGAGCAGGUUCAGGACAUGGGGACAGCCCUGACACCGGAGCAGGUUCAGGCACUGGGGACAGCCCUGACACCGGAGCAGGUUCAGGACAUGGGGACAACCCUGACACCGGAGCAGGUUCAGGACAUGGGGACAGCCCUGACACCGGAGCAGGUUCAGGACAUGGGGACAGCCCUGACACCGGAGCAGGUUCAGGACAUGGGGACAGCCCUGACACUGGAGCAGGUUCAGGCUCUGGGGACAGCCCUGACACGGGAACAGGUUCAGGACAUGGGGACAGGCCUGACACCAGAGCAGGUUCAGGACAUGGGGACAGCCCUGACACGGGAGCAGGUUCAGGACAUGGGGACAGCCCUGACACUGGAGCAGGCUCAGGCCUUUGUAACUACCCUCAUCCCUCAGGAGGCCCAGGCCCUGGGGACAAUAACUCCUACAAAAACCCAGUUCCUGGGGACAAGCCCAAUCCCCCAGCAGGUUCAGGCACUGGGGACAGCCCCGAUACCGGAGCAGGUUCAGGACAUGGGGACAGCCCUGACACCGGAGCAGGUUCAGGACAUGGGGACAGCCCUGACACCGGAGCAGGUUCAGGCUCUGGGGACAGGCCUGACACCAGAGCAGGUUCAGGACAUGGGGACAGCCCUGACACUGGAGCAGGCUCAGGCCUUUGUAACUACCCUCAUCCCUCAGGAGGCCCAGGCCCUGGGGACAAUAACUCCUACAAAAACCCAGUUCCUGGGGACAAGCCCAAUCCCCCAGCAGGCCCAGGGCCUGGGGCUCGCUCUGAUACCUAAACAUGCUGAGACCCAGGCGCAGGCUUUGCACCCUCCUCUCACCGUGAGACCAACUCUAACACUGAGAGCCCCUAUUACCCCUCGGGACACCCUGGCAGUAAAGGCAGCUGGCACUUCUGAACAGAUCCAGGCAAUGCAAAUCUCACCCCAUAUGCAACAGACUCAGCUGUUUAAGGUUCCCAGCACUCAAGAACAUGCUAAACUCACCCAGGCAAUUGGGGCCACCCCUGCUCCUGAGCCAGUUCAGGCAAUGGAAUUCCCACUCACUUCUAUGCAGGCACGGCCAUCAAGGAUGUCUGCCAUUCCAGAGCUAUUUCCAGUAUCUGAGACCCCUCCCACUCCAGGGCAGCUCCUGGAGCUGGAAGCUCGUAGCUCUGGGCAGUUAUUUCUGUUUAAGGAUCCUUUAACUGCCAGGCCAUCUCCAGUACUGGAGGGCACUCCCACACCCAGGUGGCCUGUAACAUCUGGAAUGACAUCUGUCCCUACAAAGAUUCCAAGUGUCUGGGGUCCUCUCACACCUGGGAAGUCCUUCCCUGAAGAGCUCAGGGAGUCCAGACCUUUAUCCAUCGCUGGGAAGCCCCUGGAACACCAACAUGCCCCCAGAGAGCAGUCCCCCUCCCUACCGGCCCCCUCCACCCUUGGGCAGCAACCGACUCCACUGAUCCUGCGCACACUGCAGAAGCAGGGGAAGCCGCUGCCUGCCCUGACUUCACGGUUGCUGAUAACACCACAGAAGCCACAAUGGGACCAGAAAUCACGAUUCCCCCCGAUAGAAAAGCCGUGGAUGGUAACUUCACGUUCAGAUACCGACAAAGCCAAGAUGGUGGGACCUCUUCAAGAAUUUGAAAGGAACACCUAUUUUGUUGAUGUGUCAGCUCAGAGAAAGAACCUGCUACUGUUAAAUGAGGCCGUGAGAACUUCUGGUCUUCCUUCCCACGUACACAUGAUAGCCAGGAAUCUCAUCAUUGAGACACUACACACAGACGCGGUUCGGCUGGGACACCUGUUACACAAGUACGUUGCCUACAGACUGAUCCAGCGUGUGAGAAACAAUAUAAUCCAUCAAAUAAAAGUCAUCCAAAACACUGGGAAGGGUUAUGAGACUCAGAAACUCUACAUCAUAUUGAGCAAAAUUGAUGACCAUCAGAAAAAGGUGAUGUGUGCCUGGACCGAGAAGCAGAAGUUUCUAGAAGAGACACGGAAUCAGUGCCUGAAGAAAAUGAUACCCUUAUUUAGCCAGCUCAGAGACACGUACAAAUUGAAUCUCAGUCAACCGGUUCCAUUGAUCACCCAUAAAAAUGAGAUACCUGCCUCUGUUGAGUUUGCUCAUCAGACAUAUCAAAAGUUACCGAUAGAAGAGGAUAAACAUUCUGUCAAGAAAAUCAGACACCAAGACCAGACGGAUGCCAUCUGGAGAACCGAUCUGUCUACAUCCAGCUACCCAAUAAUAGAGAAGACGCCAAUAAACGUGCCCUGGGACCAGCUGGGUGGGUACCCAGACACCCCUAGGCUGCUGCACUUAGACGUCCAGUCGACCUUCAGAAAAUCUCUCGCAUCCAUUAGAAUGCGGUAAGUACUAGCAGCACCUUGAUAAUUUGGCCUUUUGUCACAUCUGUCGUUUUCCUGACCUGUCUCCUGCAGCAGCGGAAAGUGGCCAAAAGUGUUUGCUGUGCCAUAAACCUGAGCAUAUCACCUUUGAAAAAUAUAAAAUUAACAGUCAUCUCAAGCGUCAGUUUAAUGCAC